AUGAUAGUCCAGAGUUCUCGGCCAGGCAGAGGGUCUUCUUCGAGUGUUCCUACUCAACAGUCUGGUUAUCAGACAGAUGGUUCUCAGGGGCAGAGGACCCAGGGUCGUGUUUUUGCACUCACUCCAGCCGAGCCAUCAUCCAGUCCUUCAGUUGUCAGGGGUAUGUUUCUUGUGUCCCAUUCUUGGGCUAGAGUGUUGCUUGAUUCUGGUGCCUCUUAUUCAUUUAUAGCUUCAUCAUUUGCACGGGCAUUGGGUUUGGAGGUCAGUCAGUUAGACAGAUCGCUUUGUGUUGACACGUUUAUUGGGGGUUCAGUCACUCUUGGAAGAGUUUAUAGGAGUUGUUUUACUACCAUUGCCGGCCAGAUUCUUGAGUUCGAUCUCAUCCUUCUCGAGAUGACAAGGUUUGACGUCAUUCUUGGGAUGGACUGGUUGUCUUCCUUCAGGGCUGUUAUCAAUUGUUUCAGGGGUAGAGUGUCAGUGUGUACCCUGGAUGGGGAUUGCUUCUGUUUCGUGGGGGAUCAGUAUGAUUCAUUUACUCCUUCAUUUUACGGCAUUAGAGGUUGGGAUCGGCAGACUUUUUUCUUGGCUAGCCUUUUUGCCGAUGACGAUGUUGAGUUUGGUGGGGCUGAUUAUCCAGUGGUUGUGUGUGAUUUUCUGGAUGUGUUUUCAAAGGACUUGACUGAGUUGCCUCCACACCGAGAAGUAGAGUUUGCUAUCGAUUUGAUGGCUGGUACAGCGCUAAUUUCUAUGACACCGUAUCGUAUAGCACCGAUUGAAUUGGAAGAAUUAAAGAAGUAG